GUUUCCAACCUUUUCUGAUGUACAAAAUCAGCUACAUCAUUAUUACGCCUGACCACUGUUCGGACGGCAACCAGACACGCACGUAAGGUGCCGAGGCUUGUGGACGUGAAGCCAACUUCACGUAUCUCAGCGUCGCGUCGUUGAAGCCGCUGCGUAGCAACGAACAAUCGAUAGCCAGAUUAUUUACAAAUGGCGGCGGAGCAGUGGCUGAAAGCUGUGCAAGAGGCUAAAAAAACGGCGAUUAUUCAGGAUGGGAAAAGAAAAGUCCACUUCAUGAUGGGAGAUGGGAAGGAAAUGGUCGAGGAGUACCAUUUGGACACUAAUGUUCUGAUGCGCAGAGCCUGGAGAGAAAAGGGCAAGCUCGGACAGGAUGUCGGGUGGGCCGUAGAGGUUGGCGAUCCAGAUCCCAAACCUCUCGACAAUCUGGAGGUAUCUGGCAUCAGGGAAAGCUCAAAUGCGCCAAUCAUCUCGAGGAGAAUUACUAAGGUGUCGCUGGAGUGGAGGAUCAGGAAUUUACCGUAUUCAAAAGACGUGUAUUCUGUUACAGCAGAGAAUGAUAAAACUAUAACCGUCAGAACGAGCAAUAAAAAGUAUUUCAAGAAAAUAAGUGUUCCCGACUUGGAACGAGUCGGUCUGAAGCCAGAGCAGGAACGAAUUUCAUUCACACAUCAGUUCAAUACUUUGAUCAUCACGUAUAAAAAACCGCCUCUGCUUAUCGAUCUGGAGAAAAAAAUCUUGCAAGAAAUUCUGCAAUUGAAAACAAGGAAGGAAAGUGACGUGCAAUGUCCAACGAGCUGAUCAAAUCCAGCCAAGGAAAAGCAAAGAAGAAAACAAGAAAAUAAAUAACCGAAUAACAUGAUACAGAAAAUAAAAUUGAUUAAUGCA